AUGGCGGACGAGGCUGGCCAAGGGAUUACGGAACGCGGCCUUGUGGCCGUGAUCUGGACCCUCGCUGGUGUAUCGACUGUGCUGCUUGGGGGCCGCUUGCUCAUUCGCAACCUGGUCCUGAAGACUUUCCACCUAGACGACAUUUUCGGGGCGCUAGCAUGGCUUCUUAUGAUAAUCUGUAUGAUAUGUUCGACAUUAGAGGCUCCCCUCAGUUAUCAGUACAGCGCAAUCCUGAUAGGCGAAACACCAAUGCCCCCAGAAGCCGAGCUUGAAUCCAUGACCAUUAAGUUGCGCAGAUGGGGUGUAGCAAGUCAAAUGCUCUUCUGGACUUCGCUUUACUGCGUCAAAUUUUCCUUCAUGUUCCUCUAUAGGACCGCAUCCGGUGCCCGCAGUGAGUACGGCAAAGCCUGGUUAGGGGGUAUGGUGUACAUAACCCUCUGUUACGGAAUCUGCUUGAUCGGAGUUUUCGGGCAAUGCGGCGACGCGCGUUACCUCUGGACAUUUGCGCAAUGCUCGACGCCAUACGUCAUGGGGCUCGAUGCCAAAUUGAUUUGGGUGGACUACGCCUUCAACGUCACUUCGGAUCUCGUCGUGGUGAUACUCCCGAUGCCCGUGAUAUGGCGGUUGCACAUGCGCUUGAAGCAGAAACUUGCCCUAUCCGGCAUUUGCAGCCUUGCGAUAAUCACAAUUGCAUUCGAGACAGUUCGAACUGUGAAACUAUAUCAGGAGAACAAUAACUUAACCAAUCUCUACAGCUAUCUUGAGCUGCUGGUCUCUGUACUUACCAGUAUGCUGCCGUCAUAUCGGUUCCUAAUUUCGCCCUCGGACAAGGAUCGAGAAUAUCGCCGCCUCUUCUGGACCCGUAUCACUUUGAGAAGCUACCACUCGGCUUCUUCAGGAUACUCGAUGCAGAACUACGACCAAACAUCGCGUCCGGCCGAGUCUCAACGAGCUAUCCAUAAAGGCCUGGAAACUUCGCAGGAUGUCCCACCUCUUCCAACAGGCCGCAAUCCGGUAUGA